AUGUCGAAGUCUGAUAUUGACAAAGGUAUUGUUUAUUGCAAUCGUGUGCUUGUAGGUAACUGGUAUGAAGCGGCGCAAUUGGAGGAGCACAAGAUACAUAAAUUCCUUGAGCAAAUGAAAAAUGGUGAAUUAUUAUUGGCGAGAUAUCGAACAAUGACAAAGAAUCUAAACGAGCCAACAAUUUUGACUCAGUCUACUGGAAGAAUAUGCUUCGGUGAUCGCAUAUCACUGCUCGCACCGCACGUACCGGCGACAGAUCCACCGACCGAGAAUAAAAAGGGUCUGUUACUGGGGGGAAGAAUUUCAGCGAAUGAACUCGAAUAUUUUCAAGAUCUCGUCGAUGGUUGCUCUUUAGUGGGACUCGUACAGACCGAGCCGGCAAAGAGAAACACUUUCGUUAUCACCAGUGCGGACUACUGCAAUCGUGAAGGCGAAACUCUAAAAUACAACCAAGAAUUUCUGCUUACCCUCGCGUCGUCUUUAGAAAAAAAGCCUCUAUACGUUAGAUACGAUCCUAAUCCUAUACCGGGGUUAUGCGGGUUGUAUCCCCUUUAUUUAAGCGAAAAUCCAGUAUCAAACACACGCUGGCGGUUUUUACCUGUUCAGCGGCCUAAUAUUACCAGAUUCGAACAAGAAGGACUUCCAGUUCAAGUUAAUGUAGAUAUUGUGGUCAACCAUUGCGCAACAAAUGUUAAUUUGGGAAUUAACGUUGGCAAAUGGGCUUUCGGAUUUCACGGAAAGAUAUGUACACCUUUAAUGAAGACAUGCUUGGACAUAUAUGGAAGAGAAUUACCCAACAAUAUUUGGCAAAUUUAUAUACCCAUUGCUACAUAA